UCUCCUAUCUAAUUUUCCUGUAAACAGGUGCCCAACUUCUGGCUGUGAUGGUCCAGGUCAUGUGACAGGAAACUAUGCAUCUCAUAGAAGGUGAGAUUAAUUAGACGGCAAGACUCUCUGUAGAAUAAUCAAGAAGCAUAGACAAUGGUACAUAAACUGUAAUGCUUGUAUUUUAUUGUGUAAUGUCUAUAUUCAAACAGAUAGUGAAGUCUAAUUUUAGACAUGAGACUAUAACAGACUGGACAUCACUCAAAUGGUUUAAAUAUUCAUAUUUAAAACGAGGUAACCACCACAGAAUAUAUGCUUUGUGGUAUUUCACGACUGCCGAGGUAAUGACAUCUUUUCAAUACAAACACAACAGGUGUCAAAGCCUGAAACAUCACGCCAUAAACUCCAUGACCAUAUCAUUCCCACGCACAUGUCUGCACGCUUGAACUUGUGAAAGGUUCCUCAAAUAUGUCAUGUUUCUUUCCAGUUUGUCAGGCUGCCCUCAUGCCAGAAAAGGAGCCUUGAAGCUCACGCCAAGCAAGGAAGACAAAGAGGAGCCAGAGAUGAAGUGAGAAGAUGACCCUCAGUAUCUCUGUCCUGCUCUCUCUGACUGUGUUCUUGCUGGUGAUUGUUGAGAUGAUCCCCUCCACCUCCAGCGCCGUUCCACUCAUUGGCAAAUACAUGCUCUUCACCAUGAUCUUUGUCAACGCCUCCAUCAUCAUCACUAUCUUCAUAGACACCAUCCCAAACCUGAUGUUUUUCUCUGCGGUGAAGCGAUCAUCACAGGAAUGGCAGAAAAUGCGUCUCUUUCUUGUCGAUUUUGACAUCUCUGACAUUUCAGGGAAACCCAUGCCAGCCUCUGUCACUUACCACUCUCCCAUAACCAAAAAUCCAGAUGUACGUAGUGCCAUCGAGGGUGUUAAAUACAUCGCAGACACCAUGAAAAGCGGCGAGGAGUCCAACAGUGCUGCAGAGGAAUGGAAGUUUGUCGCUAUGGUACUGGAUCACAUUCUUCUUUGUGUGUUCAUGGCAGUGUGUAUUACUGGCACAGUCGGGGUCUUUGCCGGAUGCCUGAUCGAGCUCAGCAUGCUGUGAGAGUCCAAAGGCCCAAAAGAAGCCACAGGGACUGCAGUGAAAUGCCAGCCUCAGCCGGACUGUAGCAAAGUGCCUGCUCAGACCAGAUGUGAAUGGAACAGUGAGAUUAGUCAACAACUGGAAAAUUAGACACACACAUUCACAGAUGUUUUCCCCCAUUUACAGUGUUUCUGUAUCACAGCUGCUCACUCCUUCCUCCCAGAUUGUCAGUAUACUGUAUUCACAUGUAUCUGCAGAACUUGACAGAAUGGAUCUGACCGUAAAGACGGCAUUAUUUUAUGUAGAAGUAGAUUAUUGUAUUCUGUUUACUCUUAGAUUUUCCCCUGUUUUAUUUUGGCUUUUUUGAAGACGACGGUUGUUGGUCUGUUACUUGAAUGGCUUGACAUAUAG